ACCAGUACCAGCACCCCUCCUCCAUUCUCAGCUCCGGCAGGCACACACUCUUCUGUCUCUCUCCUGCUGUGUGCCAGUCCCUCUCUCUCUCUGUCUUUCUAGUUCCUCAAACUGGCCAGAGCUCCUCUCUUUUCUCUUGUCCUCACUACAUCCCUCCACCGCUCUUCGUCUUCCUCCUCCAGCUGCGAGAGCGACCAGCACCGGCUCUGCCAAUUCGUCUUCACCUGCAGAAGUUAAAAGGAUCACAGGCGACUACUUUCCCAGACUUGGCGCAAAGACUUCAUUUUCAUUCUCGACCUGCCCUUUCCUUCCCCUCUGGAGAGGCCAGUUGGUGUGUGUGACUUGCGUGUGUGAGACAGCGUGUACGAGGGCUCUGGUAUCGUGCUCUUUGCCCUGAGGGAGUCCUUAAAAGUUGUGACUGGAGGAGAAAAGUUUUCGCCGCAAUGAAUGCUCAACUUCUGCUCCUGGUGGCCCUGGUCGGCCCUUUCUGUGCAUUCACACAUGCAAGCCCCACAGAGCUCCCUACACCGCUUGGUACUAUGAACACUGAGGGUGUAACAGAUGUCACCGCUGCGCAUACCAAGGCUCCAGAAAAAUACAUUACAAUAAUCACCAGUCCUAGUGCAACCAUAACAGCGGUGGUCCCUGCAGAAGUCACAACAGAAGCUGUCAGUGAGGCGGCACCUCCUUCUGUUAUAGUUAACACUGAAGAUCCCCUCCCUGAGACAAAAGCCCCUACUUCUGGUUCCUCUAAAGCAACAGAACCUCUUAUCACUGACCCUCCUGCAGUGGAGACCACGACCUCUACUCAGCCGGCAGAGCCUAAGAUCCCACCCAAGGGGAAGGCAACUGCCAAGCCAGAGAAGGGUGAAGACGUGGUAAUUGAAAACGGAGAAGAGGGGGGCCUGAGCUCCGGCCAGGUAGUCGGCAUCGUGAUUGGCGCUCUGUUGGCAGUGGGCAUUGCCAUUGCCGUGGUGAUAGCUGUGGUGAGGAGGAUGGGGAAAUACUCCCCUUGAGGGG